AUGGACAAGGAGUCCCGGAACUUGCAAAAUGUUCCUGCUACUUCCUCCUCACCCUCGCGGUUUCACGCCAUCAAAUCCAUGAAACCAGACAGAGGUACACUUCCUCGCUUCUGGCGAAAUCUGAAAUUUUGCUUCCUUGACAGUUGGUUCGAUGUUCUUUGCAUCAUUGCCGUCACGGGAGUAGCUGGCGCUGUGUGGAUCGUGGAAGCACGUCCAGCACGUCUUUUCCCACUCUUUGCUCCUGAUGGGACAACGUAUGCGCCAGAGAUUUCUUAUCCAUAUCAGAAGAACAUCUUCUCCUCACUCACAGCUGGCUUAAUCUGCGGACUGAUUCCAGUUGGUGUGAUUCUAGUGGCUCAGAUAUGGCUCAAAUCGUUCGCUGACUUGUCAUCCGGUAUCCUUGGCCUACUCUAUAGUCUCAGCACAGGCACAUGUUUCCAAGUGAUCCUCAAGAAAUCGAUCGGAGGACUACGUCCACAUUUCCUCGCGGUGUGCGAGCCGGUCAUCCCAGAGGACGUCGUCGGUGUUGGUUUCAACGGCAUCUUGUACAGUGUUGACCAAGUCUGCACAGGUGAUCGCGCUCGUAUCAACAAUGCUCUCCAGUCAUUUCCGUCUGGACACUCGGAGAUAGCCUUUGCAGGUCUCGGAUACCUCACCAUCUAUCUUUUUGCACAUCUGCGGAUCCCCGAUGGGACCAGGACACAGCGAACGGGUUUCUGGCGCAUGAUCAUCGUCCUGCUCCCUCUCCUACUCGCCACGUACAUCGCCUGCACAUUGGUCCUGGGCUACCAUCACCACGCCACAGAUUGUUUCUUCGGCGCACUCAUCGGUAUCGUCACUGCUAGCUUGGGCUACAGAUCCGCGUACCGAAGUCUCUUCAACGGAGCUACGAACUGGAAGCCUAGGCUGGGCAGACGCAUGAAGCGCGAAGUGGAGCGACAGGGAGCUGGCGAUCUCGCUGCAGGGGAAUUAGCCGACGAGGAAGCUGCCCUCGGAAUCAGAGGUCGUGCAGCUGACUCUCCAGCUGGCCGCGAGGACUCGAGCGGUGCUGUGAAACGAGGUGUACAGAGGGAUCAAAGUGCCACCGAGACUCUCCACGGGAAUGAUCGACAUGUCUGA